UUAAAUAAAUUGUACUUUUUAAUCAGAGAGUGUCCCGAUAAUCAUGUCCGACAUCUCACUGAGUUCUUUGGGUGCAAAGGUUGUAGUCGCUGCGUCCAGUGAUGAAAACCACCCACCAGAAAACAUAAUCGACGGAAACACAAACACAUUUUGGAUGUCCACCGGGAUGUUUCCUCAGGAGUUCAUCAUCCGCUUCGCUGAACCCACAAUGGUUUCUGUUGUGACAGUGGACAGUUACAAUGUCAAACACUUGAAGAUAGAGAAGAACACGACACAGAGUGCCUCCCAGUUUGAGUUUGGCACAGAGAAAGAAAUCACUGGCUCACCACUGCUUCUCUUGACAGAGUUUGAAAACACAGAAGGACAUCUUCAGUCAAAUGCUCUCUCACUCAGCGGAAGUAGCGCCACACACCUUCGUUUCAUCAUCACUAGAGGAUAUGAUCACUUUGUCUCUGUGCACAGAGUCAGUGUGCAGCCCUGACAGAUGGAUUAGUGUGAAUUAAAGUUGAAAUGUUUUUGAUGUACAUAUUGAAUGUAUAUGUAUAUAUGUGAGAUGCUCUCAUUAUAUGCUGAGUUGGUUUGAUAAGACACACACGCACGCACACACAACACCAACACACUAUUCCCUUGUGGCAGACAGCUGCAAUAAGAUAGAAUCUGAUAAUAAUAUUUCAUAAAUAUGUAAGAGACAUUGAUCAGAACAAAUCAAUGAAUUCACUGUAUGUCUAAACAAAAUAAACUUUAUCGUCUCACACUUCAUCAGGUGAAGCUGUGCAUGCAGCAUAUGGUCAGAAGCUCUGGAGUGUUUUUACAUCCAGCUUCUAAUUAUACUUAUUUUCUCAGCUUUUUUUAGUUAAAGUGGUAUAGUCUGUUAUGUGUGGAUGGAGGCUUUUUUAUAAACCCCACAUUCAGCUUUUUCUGCUAAUUUCAUAAGCUGAUAGUUGGCAGUGGUACAGAAUAAAAGAGUUGGAUUGUGAUGAAUGGAAAAAACCACUGACAAAGGAACUUUCUCUCUGUGUAGGAGAUCGAGCUAAUUAACUAGUUUAGAGCUACAGGGGCUUAAAUUAGCAUUGGUGCCGACUGAUGCUCCCCCCUUCUCCCUCCCAUGAGCGAUAUUUGACAUCCCCUAAGAAACAAGGAACCAUGGACAAUUCAGCUAGGGGGGGGGGGGGGGGGUUGAGGAACCAGAUGGUUAACCAGGAAGCUGGGGAGUCUAAAAAGACUGCAAGCUCAUUCAUACAAAAUAGCCAAAGCAACUGCUGCACUGAUAUACUUUCUCCCGCUUUCACACACACACAGUUGCUCAGUGACUUCUAUCUACCUCUAGAGCCAUUUCAGUGUGUCAGUAAGAGG